GUGCCCCCGAAGUAGAAACAUGAAGGUAUUCAUCAUUUUGUCGGUGUCAAUAGCAAUGUCAAUUGCAAGUUUAGAACCAUCAGGAUAUCGUCCACCAGGUUCACAUCAGAUAUCAUCUGAUCUUUAUCUACCACCCACUGAUAGUUAUUCAGGCUCAUCAUCACGGGGAGUACAAACACCAGAAUUCCAUUAUCUACCAUCGAUGAGUCACCAAAGUACAUCACAAAAUGUUAUACCAAAUUCUCUCUACUUACCAAGUAACCACGAACAAACUCAUACCCAACAGCAUACUUUAUCAGAAGUAUUAUCAUCAGAUCAAUCAGUAUCAAAACCAAUGAACCAAUACUUACCUCCAUCAAAUCAAUACUUACCGGCAAUUACAAAACCAACUAAUCAAUACUUACCAUCAUCAUCAUCAUCAUUACCAAUGAAUACAAAUAAACGUCAACGACAAAAUACUUACAGACAACAAUCGUCAAGUGAUAUUUCCCACUCAUCAACAAACAGAUUUUCAAAUAAUAACAACAAUCAUAUGACAAAUAUUAAUAAUUUACCAUCUCAAUAUCUUCCACCAAAUAAACGUCCAAAUGCAUUUACUCAAGCAAUACCAUCAUCAAACUAUCUACCAGCUAAUCAAAAUAAUGCAUAUCAACCAUCUGAUGAAAUUUUACCACCAUCAAAUACAUAUUUGACACAAAAUAAGUAUGAAUCAACUGAAAAUCAACAACAUGAUCAUUCAAGCUCAUAUAAACCAAGUCAAUCAAGUGGUUAUCCUAGUUCUGGAGGAUAUCCACAAGCUAAAAAUAACAACAACAACAACAAUAACAACAACGGUUACAAUUACGAACCACCAGCAAAAUAUGAAUUUGAAUAUAUGGUUAAUGAUCCAGAAAGUGGUAAUGAUUUUGGACACAAAGAAAGUCGUGAUGGUGAUGUUACACGUGGUACAUAUUAUGUACUUUUACCUGAUGGAAGAAAACAAACAGUUAAUUUUAUCGCGGACGCAAAUGGCUACAGGCCAACGAUCACGUACGAGGAUGCUGCUGUUGGUCGAGAUGGCUAUGAUCAAGGCUAUCAUUACUAGUAUUAUUAUAAUAAUAAUAAUGAUUGAUUAAAAAAAAUAAUUAUUAAUAAUAUUAUUAAUAAU